CGUGAACGCGGUGAGCUGAGAGGCGAAAGCAGACGGGAAAUCACCGUCUGCGAGGCGACUAUAAAAUUCGCGCGAGCGGCCUCGUUCAUUCACCUUUCGAGCGCGCUCCAGAACAACUCCACCGGCUUUUGCAACGGAGUCUUCAGGAGCUCGAGCAAAAUGAAGUUUGCAGCAGCGUUGGUGGCUCUUGCCUGUUUGGUUAUUGUACACGUACAAGGACAUGCCAUCGAUAAUGUAACGAGGUGCUUGUGUCGAGGUCCUGGGUUAAAAAUGGUUCGACAACAAAAUAUCGUCAAGCUUGAAGUUUAUUCUGCCAGCCCAUACUGUGAAAACGUGGAAAUCAUUGUCACUUUGAAAAACGUUAGAGGGCAAAAAUGCUUAAAUCCAGAAUCCAGAUUUGCUCAGAAUUACAUCCAAAGGGCCAUUCAAAGGAGGAGUGCUCAGUAAAGCAUGAGGGAUAACACUGCAUUCACAUGGAACAGGAAGCUGUCAGGAUAUCAUCAGAACACCAUUUGCUACUGUUUGACUUGCUACUUGAAAAUAUUUUUUGUUAUUGUACGAUACAUUUCUGUUGUAUAAUUUAUAAGAGAGAUGCAACUGUAGAUUGCCAUAAUUCUAAGUUUUUAUUACUUUUGUAGUCUUUUACUGUUUUAUAUAUCUGAAAUAUACUAAACUAAAUAAAUGUUCCUGAAAACUUGAGAAAAAACUGUUAUUCAUUAACAACAUGCCAAAUAAGUGUCCUCAGUAGUGUUUUCCCAACAUAGGUUUUCCAAUAAAUAUAUUUGUAGCUGUGA